UCAGACACUUCAGUACAUCUGACGAGAUUGCAUUGAAUAUUUAAAAUGUUUUGUAAUUUUGGUGAAGUAAUGUGAUGACUGUUCCUACUUGUGUUUUAUUGUGAUCACAACAAAUGUUUGUCUUUAAUUAAAUUUUUAAUUUCUCGUAAAGACAAUAUUGUCUGUGAUAAAAAGUAAUUCAAUGGAACAGACGUAUUAAUUAGAUUUUUCGCGAGCUAGAAUAGUGAGUUAACGUGUACGUUAAAUGUGAUAACAAUUUGGCACAAAGUUAUUUUAAAUGUGUGAAAAUUACUUGUGAAACGCAAAAAAGAACUUCAGGUUGAGAACUUCCUUUUGAGUUAUUGGUAACAAUAAUGAGAAGAGCCAGAAAAAUAAUUGGUCGCAAUGUUUAAAUCGAAUCAAAGUCUUGAACAUAUACCUAUUUUGGAACGACAGACAUGUCCUAAAUAUGGAACAAAUGAACCUAUUGAUCAUGAAUCAGCCAACACUCGAUACACUUAUCCCAAAGCGGUGAUAUUUAUAUUAUGUUCCAAAUUUUUCGAAUCAUUUGCAGCUAAUGGUGUCAGAACCGUGCUUGCCCUAUAUCUGAAGGAUUCAUUAAAUUACUCAGAGGAUUUUUCCACUUCUGUCCUGCAUGUAUUCAACUUUUUUGGCCAAUUUUGUCCGAUCUUUGGAGCUAUACUAGCUGACAACUACUUUGGCAAUGCUAGGACAAUAUUCUAUUUCUUCUUCUUCUACGCAGUCGGAUGGAUUGGUAUGGUGUUCGUGACGUUUCCUAUCGGUACAAUUCCAUUUGUACCGAUGCUGUUUUCUUCAUUGCUUCUGAUUUCAAUUGGAAAUGGAAAUAUUAGGGCGUGCAUAACAUCUCUUGGUGGCCAUCAAUUUAAAUUACCCGAACAGACUGACGCCUUAAACACGUAUUUCUCGCAUUACUACUUCAUGUACUAUAUGGGAAUACUUCUUAGUAAAGUUGUGCCACCAGCGAUCCGAGCAGACACGCAAUGUUUCGGAAAGGACGAGUGCUACGCAGCAGUCUUCGGAUUUCUGGGAACCAUUUUUCUAUGUUGUUGGAUAAUUUUCCUCGCUGGAAUGUCUUUCUACAGAAAAGAGGAAACAGUAAGCGGUCAACAGAACAUUUGUCAAGUGGUAGCUUGCAUAUGGUACGCAUUGGUUCGCAAAGUGAAAGAUAGACCCACUGAAUCAAAUCGUCACAGAACAAGUUUUUUGGAAGCGUCAAUAGGAGUGUAUCCGAGCCAUUUCGUCAUGGACAUAAUUUCAUUUUUACGCGUCAUUAAGCUUUUCAUGCCUUUACCAAUUUAUUGGGCAUUAUUAGCGCAACAGGAUUCAACAUGGACUUUUCAAGCGACACAAAUGAACACAACGUUGUUGGGAGUAAAGAUAGAACCAGAUCAAGCGAAGGCAUUAGGUCCGAUUAUCAUAUUAGCUUUAAUACCAAUUUGGAAGAAAGUGGUCAUCCCAACAUUCAACAAGUUAAACUACAGAUUGGAACCACUGCAAAGUGUAGCUGCUGGGGCAAUCAGCGCAGGAUUAUCAUUCGUCUGUGCUGGAUAUUUGCAAUAUCAGAUUGAAAGGACAAACGGACAACAGAUUUCCAUUGCAUGGCAAUUUCCCCAAUUUUUCCUGUUAAUGCUGGGCGAAACAUUACUUUCGAUUCCCGGUCUUCAAUAUUCGUACACAAAGGCUCCUAGUACGAUGAAGUCCGUUCUAACAGCAGCUUGGUUUAUCAAUUGUGCCAUUGGUAAUUUGAUGGUGGUGAUAAUCACUGAAUUAAACUUAUUCCAGAGACAAAGUAACGAGUUCUUCUUCUAUGCAACGUUUAUGUUUGUAUGUACAAUAGUUUUUAGUUAUAUCGCUUCGUUUUACGAACAAGAAAAUCGUGACGCUGAAGUUCAUAAUUUCAAUACAAAAUCACAAAAUGUGCAAGUUUCCAGAACAAGUUCGGAAGAUGUGUGACGUACAAUUAGAAAAUAAAAAUAAAAUGUUUGAGACUACAA